CCGUCAGAGGCUAGUGACCAGCUUCCUUCCAGCCCCCCGGAAGACUCGGCGUCCCGAAGUCAUCAUGCCGGAUCAGGCGGUGCCGUGGUUAGAGGAGUGAUGAAGAGCGGUUUGGAGCACAGCGAGUGGAAGAGCAGCUCGCUCUUUGCCUCCAGAACCCGGGCGUCUGGGCUCCUGCCGCACCGUUCCCAAGGCGACGGCGGACGGGCCACCAUCUCCGCCGUACGCCGCACCUUCUGCCUCUUCGUCACCUUUGACCUACUGUUCAUCUCGCUGCUGUGGAUCAUCGAGCUGAACACCACAGACUCUCUCUUGAAGAGCUUGCAGAAUGAGGUUGUCCAUUACGACUUCAGGACCUCGUUCUUCGACGUCUUUCUCCUGGCAGCGUUUAGGUUCCUGUUUCUGCAGCUAGGCUAUGCCGCCCUGCGACUCAGGCAUUGGUGGGUGAUCGCGAUCACUACUCUAGUGACCACCGCCUUCCUGAUCGCCAAAGUCAGCACCUCCACUCUGCUGUUCCACAACGCCUUCGGCUACCUGCUGCCCAUCACAUCCUUCGUGGUGACCUGGCUGGAGACGUGGUUCCUGGACUUCAAGGUUCUGCCUCAGGAGGCCGAGGAAGAAAGAGCGUACCUGCCAGACCUGAGCACGUCAUACGAGCACGUCCCUGUGCUGCACCCUCGCAGCAUAUCCGAAGGCCAGUUCUACUCCCCUCCCGAAUCACCGGCAGGUUCUGAUGAGGAGCAAGACGAGGAGGGACUGGGCCGGCGGGCAGUAACGGUGCAGGACAAAGAGUUUGUGCGGCUGGGCAGGGAGGCCAUGGCGGUGGUGGAGCGGAUUCUGGCUCAGGAAGACAGCUGGAAGUUUGAGAAGAGCAAUCAGGUUCAGGGUGACGCUGUAUACUCGAUGGAGAUCCCAUUCUAUGGCAAGACAUUCAUCAUCAAGGCUUUACUGCAGUGUCCGGCUGAGCUGGUAUACCAGGAAGUCAUCCUGCAGCCUGAGAAGAUGGUGCAGUGGAACAAAACCAUCUUGGCCUGUCAGAUCCUGCAGCGUGUAGAUGACAACACCAUGGUGUCCUACGACGUCUCUGCAGGUGCAGCGGGGGGUGUUGUGGCCCCAAGGGACUUCGUGAACGUUCGGCGGGUGGAGCGAAGGCACGACUGCUACCUGUCUGCUGGGAUGGCCGCUGUCCACGGCGCUCGGCCCCUCCAGGACUGUUAUGUCAGGGGUGAGAAUGGGCCAGGAGGCUUUGUGUUACUGAAGUGCAGCACCAAUCCGUCCCUAUGCACCUUUAUCUGGAUUCUCAACACAGACCUAAAGGGCCGACUGCCCCGCUACCUCAUCCACCAGAGCCUCGCCGCCACCAUGUUCGAGUUCAUGAGCCACUUGCGACAGAGAAUUUGCGAGCUGCAGGCCACACACUGCUAAAUACCACCCACUGUUACUGUGCCUACAGCCCCCCCCCUCUGGCUGGGAGGUGGCACUGCAGUUAGUGACUGGAUUUAUUUUUUUUUGCUAACAAAAUAGGGUGGUGGACCUUGAACUUCUAUCAUCCCUCAGAUUUUAUUGACCACUCAACCCUCUUAACCAGCAUGGAGGACAUACUAGCACAAGGGAAUCGAACCCAAGGAUCAUUUAUACUGGUAUUGUUUUGCUUAUUCUGUAAAAUGCUGGGAGAAUUGAAUUUUUAACAUGACGACUGCCAAAAUGCUCCACAGUGGAAAUAAUGGGACAGUGUUUGUAAAGUUACCUCUAUUUUUAUCAUUUUAAUAUUGGGCAGCUAAACUCGCAAACUGCGCAAGGUAAACACACAUUUGCCCACACACACGUUUUUGCUUUCGUUUUGCCUGCUCACAAUGCAACAUCUGUUGUACCUCUUUUUGGUCAGUAGAGGGAGCAAGCACACACGAGUGAGAAAAGCCUUUGUCUGUCUGUCAUAUAGAACAGUAAUGGGACCUAGGCCUUGUUAAAUUCAUGUCUUCUAUGUUUUGUCAGGAAAUUGUCACUUUUAAUGAAGAUGAGGGUAUUGCCAAAGUUUUCUUGGUGCUGUAGUAGAAAUGUAUUAGUGUUUGUACAUUUUUACUUUUCAGAUUUAGACCAAUUAUUAUUAUUUUUUUUACUUAAUUCAGUAACAACUAACACGUAAUCCUGAAUAAUAAUGUGACUUUUUCACAAUGUUUUUUUAGUCAGUCUUCCUUGUUACUAAGGGACCUGAACCAAAAAGGUUUGUAAUAAAAAGUAAAACAAA